AUGCUGUUAAUUUCUAAAGCUUACAUUGCCAUCGCGCUACUCCUCCUCGUCUCGGGCCAGGUGGUCGUUGCCAAGCAUGUCGGCAUCUGGUACAUGAGGUGCAAUCCUUAUACUAAACCAGACGGUUCCCAAGCAGUGGGAGCCAAAGGACCUUGCGACAACGGCUGUUUUGCCUGGAACUCAGGCCAGCAGCCAGGAACGGUCACCUAUCGCGGCCCAGGUAACCGCGAUCAAGACGCGGGCUGUGACAGGAAACCUUGCAAUCAAGACACUGGCCUUCCUCAAUACAAUAGGUUCGGUAAUACCUGUGACGAGUAUCCCAUGGCAGUCACAUACAGAGGUCCCAACAACUUCAGGACGCUGCGAUGCGUUCCUAACGUGGAAAACAGCAGCCAAGGAGGUCAACUCAGUGGUUUCAGGAGCAGGGUUGGCCUUGAGGCUGGGGACACCUUCACACAAGGAUGGAUGUGGGACAAAGCCAACGCUCCUUACUUCUGCGCCAACGCACAGGCCGGUGCCAGUAACCCUGACCAUUCGGAGUUCAAGUACACCGGUGGUGUCUUCUCCAACGCCCGCCGCCAUACACGAAGUCUCACGGAAAGCUCGCUUUUCGAACCCAUCAUUGGCACAAUUGGACGAUUUGCAGGGCGCCGUGACUUCCUGAUGAGCAAUGGCGAGAUUGCCACAUUGGCAGCAAGUGAUUCGACGAUUGACAUCCAUAGUUUCUGGGCCGACGGCGAAUCGCCCUUGUCCAUCGUUCGCGAGCUCGACUUUGCGGAUGUCGUCGCCAUGGUUCGGAAUGCAACUGGCUUUUAA